GCACAGCGAGCUCGUUCUGAAGCUGGAUCAAGUACAGUCAGACCUGAAUGGGAGAUCGGAUGCAGCCUGGGGUGGAGGAGUGCAGCCAUGGACCCUGUUUCCUGGAAACGGAUUCGACACUAGACCAUGUCUUCAAGACGUGCCCCAUAGGAGCAGGCUGAGAAUGAAAGAGGAAGAAGCGUAUGAUUUUUGAGAAUCCUGACCUGGGGUUUAUUGAACGCGAAUAUUUCGGUCUCAUCAUUAUCUGGAUAAAAGAGUACGGGGAUUAGGCUUAGGAGGAACUAAGGCAGAAUAUCUUCUUUGUAUGAGGUCACGCGCCUUGUAUUACAUACUAAGAAUGCUGCUCAAAGGCGUCUGUGGUGUAUUUGCCUUUGGUUUUCCUGGUCAGAAGAGGAUUCGUAUAAACGGACAAAAGCUAACUUAUUCCUUGAAGAUACCGUAGGAGACAUUUCAUGAUCUGAACUGAUCCAAUAUGUAAGACUAGUGACAUUAAGUUCAUCAGUAUAGCGAUCAAGAUAGUAAGCAUCAGAAUAGCUCUAGGUCAUCAUAGGCCUCUAUGGACGAAGUUAGAGCUAUUUUUAGUUCGUCUAGGCAAAUUUAAUUGAUUUUAUCAGAAUUGAGAACUAACAAAACGCUUCCCAACUUAAGCCAUUAACUAUGAAUCUCAUCUUUAGUUUACGUGUUAUCGGGAAGCUGUCUAUGUAUUCUUCAAAUAUUCCGGAUGGCUUGGGCUAUCUCCUUAAUAAGCUAUAUUUCACUUCUUUUUUAGCAUUUUAGAGGUUUUAGAGGUUUUAGGUUUUUUAGAGAGCAUUUUAGAGGUUCUGGUUACUCUAUAGGUUACAAUUCUAGGGCUAAAAUCGCACAAAUUACCCAGAACCAAGAUCCGCGAUCCCGUUCGAGUUCGAACCUCACUUCAACACAAUGUUAUGACACGUCCUCCAUCAUCUCUACUUUUCACGCUGAUUGGCGCUGCUGAUUGAUGCCACGUGCCGCAGACUCGUUAACGCUGACAGGUUGCCGUCCCAGACAAUGCGACGCGCUGCCCGUUUUACUGGCACCGAGUCUGACGUGACUCGCAAGAGGUGUCUCGGGCCGGGCCGGGCCGGCAUUAGAUAACUGGUUUCAGUUGGUUUUAGCUAUCUAAGCGCUUUCUUAAAACAGGAUGGACCUUAUCGGUACAGACGAAAAAAAAAUCGUUCUCGGAAAAUGGACCACAGUCCCACCUCACUCCUCCAACUUCAACUCAUCCCUAUUGGCUGGCCAAAACUACCAAAACAAAAACAACCUUGCGACCGGUAGUGAGCGACCGGGCGCCUCCAUGAAGCACUCAGCGCAUCCGCCAUUCUCACACACACAUCAGGGGACUCAUUCGGCGGCCCGAACGAACGGUACCGCGUACCGAGCGCAUGCUCCCGAAGCUUACGGUCCGUUCGGAGUACGGCUCAGUACGGCCGAGAAUAGAGUCGCUUCCGAGCGCAAAGCCGCCGUCGUUAUAGUCCGCUCGGAACCAUCUCCGCGGUCUAAGCUGUGUGAGGAACUAGGCCACGCUUAGUGUGCCAACAGCGUGUCUGUCUCGUGUGUGGGUGCGUGCGUGCGUGAGUGUGUGGAUUGAAGGGUGCGUGUGUGUAUUUGGAAACAAGGAAAUUACCAAACGUGUGCUUUGGAAUUCAUUUUAAAGUGCCAGCGCGUCCAGCAGAAAUUCGAUGCUCAAGUCUACUGUUUCAAUCUGGCCUGUCGGGUGAAAUUAAAACAAAAAGAGGAAUCGCAGUGUUGUGGACCGUUUUCCGAUCGGAUCCGACAGUGGUUAGGAUAGGUGAAAAGUCCGUGCCAGACAGAUCAGCGGAACGAGCUUGCUGCGGGUUAUUUUUACUUGCCACCAUCCCGCUCUGUCUCCUGCCUUGCUCUCUCCCUUCCAUCUAUCUCUCCCGCUGACCCUCGACAGUUCGAGACGGAACGGAAAUUUGCGUGAAUGAAAAAUAAAUGUUAACAAACGGUGACACCUGUCAAAACGGGGUGGAGGCUCAUACAGAGAAAUUAGAGGCGGCGUGUGCGUGUGUGUGGGAGACAGUGUGUCUGUGUCUGUGUGUGACCGUGUCCAGAAGCGACGGUGAACGCAAUAAAACUGCCCUUGAGCUAUCAUUUACCCUACCCACCAACUGCAGUCAAUUGCAACCUGCCUGCAUUCUAGACUCGAUUCCGGGUUCUAAUCUAGGUCAGGAAGACAUAAUCGCACAAAGCAAAGAAAGUGUUAUAGGUUACGGAGCGUGCUUGCAAACUUUAGGCCGGCAUCAGGCGGGCCAACCAACUGCCGGAUGAUGGAGGAUAAGCCAUUGUUCGAGGGCAAGCACUGCCUCUCGCUGAAAUGCGUCCUGUUCCUGUUCUACGGAGGCCUGGGAUGUAUCUAUCCCUUCCUUCAGUCAAACAUGGCCCAGAAGGGCUUCGCGUACAAUGAGAUCUACUCGAUAUCGGCCAUAAUUCCACUGACCGCACUGCUCGGACCGAUCGUCUUUGCGCUGCUGGUCGACAAGUGGGCCAUCGGGAAUGCGUUUGCGUACGGCAAGCGGUUGCGUAUCCUCACGGCCGUCACGAUCAUCGCUUCCAUGGUACUGUACGUGCUGCUGAUGUUCGCUGUCAGCAGGACGCCACCGCCGGAGAUGUGUGCCCCGCAGGCCAGCUUCCUGUGCAACCGCAAGGGAGCGUUCAUCGUGCAGGAGAAGUGUUCGGAAAAUGGCAUCUGUCACGAUUGGUCGGCAGAAAAGACGGGAAUGUUGAGCUUGGAGAACUGUACGUACAGCUGUCAGAAGGAGAAUCAGUUCGAGAGUACCUGCUACAGUCGCCAUGCUAAAUCGGCCCAGAUGGCGGCUUGGUUGCGUGAGCAGGAGGACGCGCAGGAUGAGGAUGAGGGCGCGGUGCUAGAUUUGGGCAGCGGACAGGGUACGAUCGAGCGUGAUUCGGAUGGGGAUGGCAUUCCGGACAAUCUCGACACGGACGAUGAUAACGAUGGUAUUCCUGAUGCACGUGAUCCUGACUCGAGCAACGAUCUGGACGGUGACGGUAUUCCGAACGAGCUGGAUCCUGAUGAUGAUAACGAUGGUAUCCCGGACGAUAAGGAUGAUGAUGAUGAUAACGAUGGAAUCCCGGAUGAUCAGGAUGUGGAUGAUGAUAAUGAUGGUAUUCCGGACACGUUGGAGGGCAAGGCCAAGUCAAACGAUCUCGAUGGAGACGGUAUUCCGAACGAUCAGGAUCCGGACGAUGAUAACGAUGGGAUUCCGGAUGAGGAGGAUCCGGACGAUGACAAUGAUGGAAUACCGGAUGAUAAGGAUCUGGAUGAUGAUAAUGACGGUGUUCCGGAUGCGCUGGAGGGUAAGGCCAGAACCAACGAUCUUGAUGGCGAUGGUAUUCCGGACGAUCAGGAUACGGAUGAUGAUAAUGAUGGUAUUCCCGACGCGGAGGACGAUGAUGACGAUAAUGACGGAAUCCCGGAUGCCGAGGAUGUUGAUGAUGAUAACGAUGGCAUUCCGGACGCGCUGGAGAGUACACCGCGUUCGAACGAUCUGGACGGUGAUGGCAUUCCCAACGAGCUGGACGAUGAUGAUGAUAAUGAUGGAAUUCCGGAUGCGGAGGACACGGAUGAUGAUAACGAUGGCAUCGCGGAUGACCAGGACGUUGAUGAUGAUAACGAUGGCAUCCCGGACGCUCUGGAGGGCAAGGCUAAGUUUAACGAUCUAGAUGGAGAUGGCAUUCCGAACGAUCAGGAUACGGACGAUGAUAACGAUGGAAUUCCGGAUGCGGAAGAUAAGGAUGACGACAAUGAUGGCAUUCCGGACGAUCAGGACGCCGACGAUGAUAAUGAUGGUGUCCCAGAUGCUAAGGAUCGCUCCAAUGCAAACGAUCUCGAUGGAGAUGGUGUGCCGGAUGCGGAGGAUGACGAUGACGAUAAUGACGGCAUUCCCGAUGCGGAAGAUACCGACGAUGACAAUGAUGGCAUCCCAGACUCCGAAGAUCCGGAUGAUGAUAACGAUGGCAUACCGGACGAGCUGGAAGGCAAGCCUGUGACGCACGAUCUGGACGGUGAUGGCAUUCCGGAUGAUGAGGAUCCGGACGACGAUAAUGAUGGCAUUCCCGACACGGAGGACGAUGAUGACGAUAAUGACGGUAUUCCGGACUCGGAGGAUGUGGAUGAUGAUAACGAUGGCAUACUGGAUAUCCAUGAUCAGGGUCAGCGCAACAAGAACGAUCUGGAUGGGGAUGGUAUCCCGAACGAUGAGGAUCCGGACGACGAUAAUGAUGGCAUUCCGGACGAUCAGGACAGCGAUGAUGACAACGAUGGCAUCCCGGACGCUGAGGAUGACGACGAUGAUAACGAUGGUGUACCGGACAGCCAGGAGACGGUGAUCGUACCGACCGCGAUCGUGUGUGCGGAUGCCGAUGAAGAGGAUGAAGUCUGCCACACGUACAGUGAGGGCAUCAUUCAGGUGAAGGCCACCUUCGAUGCGCACAACGAGAAGGACGAAGGAGAUGAGUGCAGCUAUCCGCUAGAUGGUUUCCGAUGCCCACUGGAUAAGGCCUGGGUUAAAGCGCAGCCCGCAGGAUGUAAACCCGUCGUUCAGUGCGAUAUUGCCGAUCCUUACGAAGACUCCGACAGUCUACUGUACGGUACGACUUGCGACGGUGACGAAGACAACGAUGGUGAUGAUGACGCGGGUGACUCCACCUUCUACUACUACCUCUCCAUUCGUUCGCUGCUCGAUUUCUUCCUGCUCAGUGGACUGACGCUGCUGAACACGAUCAUCGUGAUCGUAACGCGCGAUCGCUCCACCUCCGGCGUUGCCGACUUUGGCCGACAGCUCGUUUGGGGUGCGGUCGGUUGGAUUAUCUUCUUCAACGAUGACUUUGAGCAGCCGUACAUGCUGUUCGUGCUGCUCUACACCACCGCCGCCGUUAUUUUGCUCAGCCCGCUCAAAAUGGACCUCUCGCCGGCCGAAGACUGGUGGCAGCUGCGCACGGUGCCACAGAAGUUUGUGUCCGUACCGGCGUGCCGCAAAUACUUCCAGCACUGUUGGCUUCCGUUCCUGGUUGCGAUCGGUCUCGGAUCGCUCUGGAGCGUGAUCGACGCGAUCGACGACUCGCACAUGACCAACCUGCCCACCACCGACGCCGAGGACGGUGACGUUCCGCAGCAGCAGUCGACCGUGUUCCAGACCCUCGUCCGCACGGUACUCCUCGCCGGUGAUCUUCUCGCCAUCCCGGUACUGAUCUACUCGCGCCGCAUCAUCGAGGUGUUCGGAACCUGCAAGAUCCUGGUCGGUGCGUUCCUUUCGCUCGUACUCCGCUUCAUCCUGCUGGCCAUUUUGGACUACUCGCUGUGGGACGUGGUUGAGGACUGGCUGCUGCCAACUACGCUCGGCCUUACCUGGGUCACGCUGGUGCUACACUUCCGCGAGCUGCUGCCCCGUAAGGUGACCGCUCUGGCGCAAGCCCUGCCCGUGAUAGCACACUUUGGCUUUGGACGCUUCUUCGGGGCACUGAUCGGCAUCGAACACCACUAUCACCGGCUGGAGAAUGAUUACGAAAUUAUCGCCGGCGUACUGUUCGGGCUGACCAUCAUCAGUGUUGUGCUGUACCGCUACAGGGAGAUUGUGCUCACUUACCUGGGCCAGUACAUCCCGGCACUGAAGCCGGGCCAGGCUAAUGGUGCAGCAUCGAAGACUAAGGGCGAAACGAACGUUUAACCUCUCAAACACACACACACACACACAGAAGACACAAACAGGACAACAAGUACGGCGAAAACUUUGGCAAAAGGAAGGAAGUGUGUCGGGGAAUCGCGUGUUACAUACCGGAAGGAACUAUUAAGUGUUGCUUUAGUGGCCACAAAUUGUUAACGUAAUAAAUAGUUUAACGAGGGUAGUUGCUUA